AUGGAGGCCAGAGGGGAGCACUUUCUUAGACAAAGGCAAGUCCUAUUUCUCUUUGUUUUUCUGGGUGGGUCUCUGGCUGGGUCUGAGUCAAGACGCUACUCUGUGGUUGAGGAAACAGAGAGGGGCUAUUUAAUAGCCAACUUAGCAAAGGAUCUAGGGCUAGGGGUAGGGGAACUGGCUGUGAGGGGAGCCCAAGUUGUGUCUAAAGGGAACAAACAGCAUUUUCAGCUCAACCAUCAGACCGGCGAUUUGCUCCUGCAUGAGAAAUUGGACCGGGAAGAGCUAUGCGGCCUCACAGAGCCAUGUAUACUGCAUUUUCAGAUAUUACUGCAAACCCCUUUGCAGUUUAUUACAAAUGAGCUUCAGGUCAUAGAUGUAAACGACCAUUCUCCGGUAUUCUUUGAAAAUGAAAUACAGCUGAAACUCUUAGAAAACACGCCACCAGGAACUAUAAUUCCUUUGGAAAAUGCUGAGGACUUGGAUGUGGGAAGAAACAGUCUCCAAAACUACACGAUCGCCCCUAAUUCCCAUUUCCACGUUAUCACACGCAGUCGUAGGGACGGAAGAAAGUACCCACAACUAGUGCUGGACAAAGUACUGGACCGUGAAGAGCAGCCAGAGCUCAUUUUGACCCUGACCGCGCUGGAUGGCGGCUCUCCGCCCCGGUCGGGGAUCGCCCAGAUCCACAUCCUGGUCUUAGACAUAAAUGACAACGCCCCAGAAUUUACACAGUCACUCUAUGAGGUUCAAAUUUUAGAGAACAGCCCCAUUAACUCUGUUAUUGUCACGGUCUCAGCUUCUGACUUAGAUACAGGAAAUUUUGGGACAGUAUCAUAUGCAUUUUUUCACGCUUCUGAAGAAAUUCGCAAAACUUUUCAGCUAAAUCCAAUUACUGGUGAUAUCCUGCUAGUCAAAUACUUGAAUUAUGAGGUUAUGAAUACUUAUGAAGUGGACAUAGAAGCCAAGGAUGGCGGAGGCCUUUCAGGAGAAACCACAGUGAUAGUUCAGGUGGUUGAUGUGAACGACAACCCACCAGAACUGACCUUGUCUUCAAUUACCAGCCCUAUCCCUGAGAACUCGCCGGAGACUGUGGUGGCUGUUUUCAGUGUGUCUGAUCUAGACUCUGGAGACAAUGGGAGAAUUAUGUGUUCCAUCGAGAACAAUCUCCCCUUCAUCCUCAAACCAUCAAUAGAGAAUUUUUACACCCUCGUGACAAACACAGCUCUGGACAGAGAGAGCCAGGCCGAGUACAACAUCACCAUCACCGUCACCGACCUGGGGACCCCCAGGCUGAAAACCCAGCACAACAUAACGGUGACGGUGUCCGACGUCAACGACAACGCCCCGGCCUUCAGCCAAGCCGCCUACACCCUGCGGGUGCGCGAGAACAACAGCCCCGCCCUGCACAUCGGCAGCGUGAGCGCCACGGACAGAGACUCGGGCGCCAACGCGCAGGUCACCUACUCGCUGCUGCCGCCCCAGGACCCGCAGCUGCCGCUGGCCUCGCUGGUGUCCAUCAACGCGGACACCGGGCAGCUGUUCGCGCUCAGGUCGCUGGAUUUCGAGGCGCUGCGGGCGUUCGAGUUCCGCGUGGGCGCGGCCGACCGCGGCUCGCCGGCGCUCAGCAGCCAGGCGCUGGUGCGCGUGCUGGUGGUGGACGACAACGACAACGCGCCCUUCGUGCUGUACCCGCUGCAGAACGGCUCGGCGCCCUGCACCGAGCUGGUGCCCAGGGCGGCCGAGGCGGGCUACCUGGUGACCAAGGUGGUGGCGGUGGACGGCGACUCGGGCCAGAACGCCUGGCUGUCGUACCAGCUGCUCAAGGCCACGGAGCCCGGGCUGUUCGGCGUGUGGGCGCACAGCGGCGAGGUGCGCACGGCCAGGCUGCUGAGCGAGCGCGACGCCGUCAAGCACAGGCUGGUGGUGCUGGUCAAGGACAAUGGCGAGCCGCCGCUGUCGGCCAGCGUCACGCUGCACGUGCUGCUGGUGGACGGCUUCUCGCAGCCCUACCUGCCGCUCCCGGACGCGGCGGCGGCCGAGGCCCGCGCCGACCCGCUCACCGUCUACCUGGUGGUGGCCUUGGCGUCGGUGUCGUCGCUCUUCCUGUUCUCGGUGCUGGUGUUCGUGGCGGUGCGGCUGUGCAGGAGGAGCCGGGCCGCGUCGGAGGGCGGCUGCUCGGUGGCCGAGGGCCCGUUUCCGGGCCACCUGGUGGACGUCAGCGGCGCGGGGACCCUGUCCCACAGCUACCAGUACGAGGUGUGUCUGACAGAAGGAUCUGGGACCAAUGAGUUCAAGUUCCUCAAGCCAGUUUUUCCCAAUGGCCUGGUUCAAGACACUGAGACUAAAGCAAAGCUCCAAUUUUAA